AUGUUGGGCAAUUUCAAGGAUGAGAAUGGCAAUUUGAAACAUCAAAGUUUUUGCAACGACACAAAAGGUUUAUUACAAUUAUAUGAAGCUUCAUUUCUUUCGAUGGAUACUCAUGAAACCACUACUUUAUUGGAGUCACAUCUAAAGACUUAUUUGAAUAAUAAUAAACAUGGUCAUGAAGACAAUUAUGUGACUAUUAUUGAAGCAUUAGUCCGCCAUGCAUUGGAGCUUCCUUUGCAUUGCAUGAUGUUGAGAGUUGAGACAAGUUGGUACCUAAACAUUUAUGAGAAAAUGCCAAUUUCUAAUCCUCUUUUGCUUGAGCUUGCUAAGUUGGACUUCAACAUUGUUCAAGCAACACACCAACAAGAUUUAAGAUAUCUAUCAAGGUGGUGGAAGAGCUCAUCCCUGGCAGAAAAUUUGCCAUUUGCAAGGGAUAGAAUUGUUGAAGCUUUCUUUUGGAUAGUGGGGACAAUGUUUGAGCCUCAAUACAGUAACAGUAGAAGAAUGUUGGCCAAGGUGGCUGCUUUAGGUACUCUCAUAGAUGAUAUUUAUGAUGUCUAUGGUACACUUGAUGAGUUGGAACUCUUCACUGAUGUUGUUGAAAGAAUGGAUGUAAAAGCAAUGGAUCAACUUCCAAAUUAUAUGAAAGUAUGUUACCUUGCACUCUUCAACAGUAUCACCGAAAUUGCUUACGAAGUUCUCAAAGAGCAAGGGAUCAACAUCAUACCCGACCUUACAAAAUCAUGGGCAGAUUUGUGCAAAGCUUUAUUAAGAGAAGCAAAAUGGUACUACAAUGGAUAUACUCCAAGUCUUGAAGAAUACAUGGAUAAUGCAUGGAUGUCAAUUGGAAUUCCUGUGAUAGUAAUUAAUGUAUUCUUUUGUGUCACAAAUCCAAUUACCAAAGAGGCAAUAGAAUCCUUAAGCAAGUAUCCUCACAUAAUUCGUUGUUCUGCUACAAUUAUUCGUCUUGCUGAUGAUUUGGCCACAUCAAUGGAUGAAAUGGAAAGAGGUGACGUUCCCAAAUCAAUUCAAUGUUACAUGAAUGAUCAUAAGGGUGCCUCUGAAAAAGAGGCAAGAAAACACAUCAAUUAUUUGAUAAAAGAGACAUGGAAAUUGCUCAACAUAUCUCAACAUGAUAAUUCAUUAUUCUCAAAAUCACUCAUUGAAUGUGCAAUAAAUAUUGCAAGAACUGGACAAACCAUUUACCAGCAUGGAGAUGGACAUGGAAUUCAAAAUUAUGAGAUUAAAAAUCGCAUUUCCAAAUUAUUUUUUGAGCCCAUUAAAUAUUCAAUUCCAUAA